UCUCUGUCAUCUCUGCAGUUUCUGGAGAGGCUGGAUUUGAGCUUCAACCGGCUGCGCUGGCUCCCUCAGGACUUCUCUCGGAGGUUGUCCUCCCUCCAGGAGCUCCGGCUCGACCACAACCUGCUGCAGCACAUAGACUCUGCUGCCCUGCAGGACUCUGAAAACCUGAGGAAGCUGGACCUCAGUUACAACCGCAUCCGAGCCAUGGAUGCCAAGGCUUUCACCAGCCUGUCUCACCUGAACCUUCUCAACCUGGAGGGCAACAGGCUCAACGUUCUCCAGGACGGCGUGCUGAGCCGACAGCAAAGCCUGGAGGUGCUGCUGCUGAGCCACAACAACAUCUCAGCCAUCGAGUCCGAAGCUCUGGCUCCUCUGCGAAGCCUCACUGUGCUGGGUCUGCAGGGAAACAUGCUUCGGCACAUCAGGUUCAAGACCUUCCUGAAGCUCCAGACCACUCGCACCCAUCUCCAGAUGUCCCUGAACCCCUGGACCUGCGACUGUGAGCUGCAGCGCGUCUUCGGCAAGAUCCAGUAUGUUCGUCAUCUACACGUGGAGGACUACAAGGACAUCAUCUGUCAUUCUCCUUCUCAGCAGGCCGGCAACUCGUUGGCUUCUCAGGACAGCCAGCUGUGUGUGCUUGAGACGGCCUCGGUGCUCGUCAUCACCAUCACGGUGAUGCUCGCCGUGAUCGGGACGCUGGUCAAAGCGGAGCGCAACCGGAAGAACAAACAGUUGGUAAGUGAAGCAGAGGCUCAAGAAAAGAAGAAUGACGGGUAUUAA